AGCCCGCUGCGGCUGCGCAUUGCAGCCGCCGACGCGGGCACGGGGGUGAAAGCGGGGCGGCCGCGCGGCCGCCAUGAGCUUCCUCAUCGACUCCAGCAUCAUGGUCACCUCGCAGGUUCUGUUCUUUGGAUUUGGGUGGCUGUUCUUCAUGCGUAAGCUCUUCAAGGAUUAUGAGGUGCGACAGUAUGUGGUCCAGGUGAUCUUCUCUGUGACUUUUGCCUUCUCUUGUACCAUGUUUGAACUCAUCAUCUUUGAGAUUUUGGGAGUGCUGAACAGCAGCUCUCGAUACUUUCACUGGAAGCUGAACCUGUGUGUCAUUUUGCUCAUCCUAGUCUUCAUGGUGCCCUUCUACAUUGGUUACUUUGUUGUGAGCAAUAUCAGAUUAUUGCACAGACAGAAACUUCUUUUUGCGUGUGUUCUGUGGUUGACAUUCAUGUAUUUCUUUUGGAAGUUGGGGGAUCCGUUUCCUAUCCUCAGUCCAAAACAUGGAAUCCUGUCUAUAGAACAGCUCAUCAGCCGUGUGGGUGUGAUUGGGGUGACACUCAUGGCUUUGCUGUCAGGAUUUGGGGCUGUCAACUGUCCAUACACUUACAUGUCCUACUUUCUCAGGAAUGUGACAGAUGCAGAUAUUCUGGCUUUGGAGCGACGACUCCUUCAGACUAUGGACAUGAUUGUUAGCAAGAAAAAAAGGAUAGCAGUGGCUCACAGGACAAUGUUCCAGAGAGGAGAAGUGCAUAACAAACCCACUGGCUUCUGGGGAAUGAUAAAAAGCGUUACAACAUCUGUUUCAGGCAGUGAAAAUCUGUCCCUUAUCCAGCAAGAAGUGGAUGCCCUAGAAGAGCUUAGUCGACAGCUUUUUCUGGAAACUGCUGACUUGCAUGCAACAAAGGAGAGAAUAGAGUACUCCAAAACUUUCCAGGGAAAAUACUUUAAUUUUUUGGGUUAUUUUUUCUCCAUCUAUUGUGUCUGGAAAAUCUUCAUGGCAACCAUCAAUAUUGUAUUCGACCGUGUGGGGAAGACUGAUCCAGUCACAAGAGGAAUUGAGAUCACUGUAAAUUAUCUGGGAAUCCAGUUUGAUGUGAAAUUCUGGUCUCAGCACAUUUCCUUUAUUCUCGUUGGAAUAAUCAUUGUUACCUCUAUCAGAGGAUUAUUAAUCACACUUACAAAGUUCUUCUAUGCCAUUUCCAGCAGCAAGUCCUCCAAUGUUAUUGUUCUGCUUCUAGCACAGAUAAUGGGUAUGUACUUUGUGUCAUCAGUACUCCUGAUCCGGAUGAGUAUGCCUCUGGAAUAUCGCACUAUUAUUACAGAAGUCCUGGGAGAGCUCCAGUUCAACUUUUAUCAUCGUUGGUUUGAUGUGAUAUUCCUAGUUAGUGCACUGUCCAGUAUCCUCUUUCUCUAUUUAGCACACAAACAAGCUCCAGAAAAGCACAUGGCCCUCUAAGUAAGGACUGCAGGCACGCACUGCUCUCUGUCCUUUCAACUGCACUGCUGCAACUCCUGUGGACUGCAAAACUUGAAGGGGGCCAGGACUAUGCUGUGUGUGUGUUCCAGCGGUGUAACUGGCUCUUUGAACUUCCACAUGUCAUCAUCAAGUUCUGUGGCUCAUUUUAUGAAGGUGCCACAACUUGAAGGGAAGGGAAUGCACAUAUUGAACGUGAGAUUGUUCAUUGCCAGGGAAUAAGGGCACUCCUGGGUACACCAAUAACUAGGGGCAUCAGAACUUGCGUAGCAGGUUGGCUAAGGUAAGACCUCUUACAGUUAGAAGAACGUUUUCAUAGAAGGCACCAAGGAAAUGUGAUUUUACUUUUGAAAAUCAACUCAUAAUUGGGGUUCAGAGGAUGGCAAUUCUGGAGUUGAAUGUUUGGGUCUGUGGAAUUAAAUAAGCUUUUGUAAUAUGUCCUGCAAGCAUCCCAGUUGUUUUUUGUCAUCCCCAAAGAUGUGGCUGGAAGUGAACUAGAAAGUGGCUAGGAUUUGCUGCCUGGCAGACGUGGAGAGAAAUUCCACUCCAUUUCUGUAUGGAGUGUAAACUACUGUGUAUCACUGGUACCUACUAUUCUUGGGAGCUGGAGAUUAGCUUUCUGUUGCUGAGACUCAGCUUUGUUUUCUCUCCAUGUGCAGAUGGAACUGAGGUUUUGGAUUCCUCUUUGCUAAAGUUCAGUGUGAAGUCAAAGACCACAGCUAUGCCUUGUUUACCUUAUGUGUUACAAAUUUGUUUCCUUAUGUUCUGUAAAUCUGAUGUUUUCCACAGCCUGUGUAUUCUUCUACAGCAGCCCAUUUCCCCUUCUUGAUGUAAUUCAAGGCAUAAAAGUAAAUUUUAUUAAUGUGACUUAAACUUGUAGCUUCCCAUAGCUGCUCUCCUAGGCUUUCUGUGUUUAAAAGUUCUUCUGGAACAUAAAUCGUAGGUAGUAAGGAUAAGACUGGGGGCAUGGGUGGGAAUAGCCACUCUAAACAAUUUAUUUCUGGGUUGUCUUCAGUGUACAGCAAAGAGACAAAGUAUACAGCAGCAGUAUUACAAAGCCAUUUAUGUCAUAUUCAAGACAAUGUGGUGUUGACUUGGAGUUAAAUGUGCACAACUGAAUUAUGUACGCUAUUCUAAUUACCAUGACCCACAAGUGUAUGCAGUGGAGAAAGAAUAGUGCUUAAAUGUCUUGAUUUAUGAAUUAUGAAGUUAGCUUAAUGUUUGAAAGACAUUUCUGCAAAGUUAGCAGGAGAAAGGGGUGUAACGCACAGAGUAGGCUGGCUUAUGCCACUUCACAGCAGUUGUACAGCUGUAUUACGUAGAAGAGUUGCCACAGAGCUUUAGCUGAUGGACUUGGAUUAGGGGGAGAACUGCCUCUCCUGGGAGAUGGGGAGAAAUCAAUUGCUCUUUAUUAAGAGCUUAUCCUUAAAAGGCUAAGAUGCUUACGAAUCUAUAAAACAUUUCUGCCUUCUGCUGCACUAUACUUAAUUUUCUACUGACACUUAUUUAAGCCUUUACAGAAGGAAGUGACUAACUGCCCACUUUACAAGGCAGAAAGCCAAUGAAGUACAAUUGCAGUGUGUUAGAUGAAUGCAAAUUACACUGAAGUGUUUACCUCAGCCAGCUGCAUUUCAGCAAGAGAUUGCAGUCCUUUACAGGUAUGGCACUCCUAGGAGCAGUCAAAUUCUGAGAGGUGUAGUAGCAAAGGGUGAUUGAAGAAAGAGGAUUUGGAAGGUUUCUUUUUCUGUUCUUGGCAUAGUUUGUCUCCUUACAACUUUGUGUCGUCACUGUUGUCACUGUCUGCUCUUGUAGAGGCAGCUGAUUGUGAAGAGGAGGAUGAGCUUGCCUGCAGAGAAGUAACAAAUACAUUCUGAUUAUUUUCAGGUCAUAAACAUGCUUGAUAGUCUGCAGGGUUAUGAACGACUCCUGUUUUCAUCUGCACUAAUCAUAUACUUGUUUGGAUGGCAGAAUAAGCCAACAAAGGUGAUUUUUUUUUUUGUUGUUGAAGUGCUUUUUGGUUAGUUACAUUUAGAGAGAAAUUUAUUCAAUAGAGAUGUCCUAUUGUUCCUGUACCUGCUGAAUUUGCACACAAAAGUGGUGUUAACUUCUUUCUGCUGCAAAGUGCAGCUUGGUGACUGAACCUUUUGCAAAAACCUGGCAGCUGGACAGUUUCAGACAAGGCUAAUGAAAAAUGAACAGGAGACAGCAUUGGUUUUACUCUUCCUUGUCUGUCUCCUUUGCAUGAUCAGAAAAGAGCUUUAAAUGUUUAAGGCUGACCACGCCGAGGAUUCAAAAUGACUGUUUCAAGAAGAAACACCUUCCUGCUUUUCUGACUUGUCAUGCUUCAUAUUCUUUCUAGUGGCAUGAAGUGAGUAAAAUAAAUCAGCACAUUUCCUAGAAAAUGUCAUCAUAACCUAUCAAUUGCUCUUUCCUCUACAAAAGGAUCUGACGUAUUUCACCUGGUUUCCCCAAAAGUGGUUUAUGCUUUUUUGGUGUAUUUAAGAACUUUUCCCCCUGCAUGUUCAGGAUUGUAUUGCCUGUUUCCCAUCUUCAUCAAGGAUUACUGUAUUUGGAUUAUCUUGUUCCAUAAAACCUCUUGUAUGUGCAUUCUUUCUGUGAUUUAAUUUUGCAUUAAAGAUACUCGCCUGUA